AUGAAUGCCGGCACAGAUAAUGCGGCGGUCUUGGACCUUUCAAAGUACCCAGCAGCACAAGAGCUGGUUGACAGAUGUAGCCAGUUCUUUCAAGAGGUUGAAGACCUCACACCCGGCAAGGAUCUCGAAGCCCGCUUAAACAAGGACUACGGCCCGGGCAACCCGUACUAUGAGGACUUUUGCCGGCUGGUCCGCCAAGGCCUCGAGGAGGGCUGGGUGGCCGAGACGGAGCUGGCGGGGAGGACGUACCGGCGGGGCAAGAUCACGCUGCCCACGGCGCGCUCGCGCUACUUUAGCAUCACGACCGUCUACAUGGAGAGCGAGGCCGAGUUCUCGGGCCAGUACCACGCCCACCCCUACGGCGAGAUCAACUGCGUCGUGCAGCUCGACCCCAAGGCCGAGCUCCAGGGCAUGAGCGGCUGGCAGGGCGCCGGCUGGACGUCGCCUGGCCCGGGAACGCAUCACUAUCCCCGUGUCCGCGGGGGCGCUCUGGUGGCGCUCUUCUUUUUGCCUGCGGGCCGCAUCUCUUACAAGGCUACGCCGGAUAUGCCGCAGCCGAUUGCCAUUUAA